AACUCCGCCCCAGAAGCGACUGCACAGGGCGCGUGGGGCUGGGCCAGAGGCUCGCUGAUGGACUUGGUAGUCGGCCGCGGAGCAGCAUGCAGGCGUCCCAGGACACCUUCAAAGCCGAGCCGGGCUGGUACGUCUCUGCCCAGCAGCCAGAGGAGGCGGCGGCUGCCGAAGAGCGGAGCCCGUUGCUAAGCAACGAAGUUCACAGCCAGGGAUCCCCAGGUGCUUCGUUCGGUUUCUCAGUCUUUAAUGUGAUGAAUGCCAUCAUGGGAAGUGGCAUCCUUGGCUUGGCUUAUGUGAUGGCUAAUACCGGUGUCCUUGGAUUUAGUUUCUUGCUGCUGUUAGUUGCUUUCCUGGCAUCUUACUCAGUCCAUCUCCUGCUUAGUAUGUGCAUUCAGACAGCGGUGACGUCUUAUGAAGAUCUUGGUCUCUUUGCAUUUGGAUUACCUGGAAAGGUGGUGGUGGCAGGCACAAUAAUAAUUCAGAAUAUUGGAGCUAUGUCGUCUUAUCUUUUAAUUAUUAAAACAGAGCUUCCUGCUGCUAUUUCAGAAUUUUUGCCUGGAGACCACAGUGGUUCUUGGUAUCUUGAUGGACAGACACUACUACUCCUCAUCUGUGUUGGCAUCGUGUUGCCCCUUUCUCUUCUUCCCAAAAUAGGCUUUCUUGGCUACACAAGCAGUUUAUCAUUUUUCUUUAUGGUGUUCUUUGCUCUUGUGGUAGUAAUUAAAAAAUGGUCCAUCCCUUGUCCAGUGACCUUAAAAUGCAUGGAUGAAGCGCUCCAGAUUUCAAACGCUACAGAUGACUGUAAACCAAAGCUCUUUCACUUCUCCAAAGAGAGUAUUUACGCCAUACCAACCAUGGCUUUUUCAUUUCUCUGCCAUACCUCAAUAUUGCCCAUAUACUGUGAGCUUCAAAGCCCCUCGAAGAAGAGGAUGCAGAAUGUGACCAAUACAGCGAUAGCUUUAAGCUUCCUGCUUUACUUUGUGUCUGCGCUCUUUGGAUACCUCACUUUUUACGACAAAGUGGAGUCAGAAUUACUACAAGGUUAUAGUAAAUACUUGCCACAUGAUGCUGUUGUCAUGGCUGUGAAGUUGUGCAUACUGUUUGCUGUGCUUUUGACAGUCCCUCUGAUCCACUUCCCUGCCAGAAAAGCUUUAAUGAUGAUACUAUUCUCAAAUUUCCCAUUUUCAUGGAUUCGGCAUUCUCUGACAACGUUAGCACUCAACAUUAUCAUUGUUUUGCUUGCAAUAUAUGUUCCCGACAUUAGGAAUGUAUUUGGUGUAGUUGGGGCCAGCACUUCAACAUGCUUGAUUUUUGUGUUCCCAGGGUUAUUUUAUCUGAAACUUAGCAGAGAGGAUUUUCUCUCGUGGAAAAAGCUUGGGGCUUUGUCCCUGCUCAUCACUGGAACCUUGGUUGGGAGCUUCAGUUUGGCACUCAUCAUUUUUGACUGGGUCAACAAUAAAUAAAGCAAUUCUCUAUUGCAAAGAAUAAUUUACCUCUGUAAGCAAGAAGGAAUCAUUCUGGAAGGCAUUGGAUAUGGGAAUUAUACUCAGGAAAAUUACUGCCAGAAAAGGAAGGCAGAGCAGCAGUAUACACCAGAAAGUAGGAAUUUAGUCAUUUUAAUUUUUACCAAAAAUUAGAAAUUCUCAGAAUGUUGUUCUUAAAUAUGUCGAAUCGUUGCUUUGUGUGUGAGUUUUGUUUUGCUUUUGAGACAGGAUCUCGCUGUGUUGUCCAGGCUGGCCUUGAACCCACGGCUAUCUGCAUGCUGCUGCUUUACAAGUGCUGGCAUUAAAGGUGUACGCCACCACCCUGGCACAUACCUGCCAUUUGUGACUUUAAAAACAUAAAUAGCUUUCAUUUUUUUUUAUUGAGUAAAUGAAAUGAGGUGUUCCAUGUGACUUCCUGUCCUAACCACUAGCUUUCCCUGAUAUGAACCCCUGCAUCAAUACAGCACAUGUUAUACCUAGGGAUGCUGAAGGCUGACAUCAGGCUUGUUCCUGGUCACCACUGAUUUUUUUUUUUAUUUUUUAUUUUUAUUUAUUUAUUUUUUUUUUUUACCAGAAUGCCAUGAUUGGGAUCAUGUAGGACCCUGUGUCAUUCUCAGACCAACUUUUUAUUUAAUAGCUUGUUUCCUUUUAAUACUGAAUAAUAUCCAAUUAGGGACGUAUCAAGCUCGUUGAUCCACUCGCCUCUUAGAAGAUCUUGCUACUUCUUCCAAGUUUUGCCAACUAUCAAUAAAGGUGCUGAAAAUGUU